AUGGUGGAUAAGUUUAGUUGGGCAAUCAAAUCCUUGACUGGGGAGCACAGACAGUGUGGUAGGCUUGAGGUUAACCCCAUAGUGACCACCAAAUGGUUGGUGGGGAAGUUGUUGCCAGAGAUUGAGGCAAACUUAGAUAUCCCUGUCUUAACAUUGAAGAAGAUGACUCAACAGAAGUAUAGGAUACAAGUAAAACCAAGGAUGUUCUACAAGGUUAAAGCAUUGGCUAAGGAGGUUAUUAAUGGGAGUUUUAGUGAGUCCUAUGCAUUGCUACCUAGGUAUGCAGAGAUGAUAAAGGAUACUAACCCUGGGAGUUAUGCACUGAUCACAUGGCAUAGUGAUCCUGGGGAUGUGCAACCAAAGUUCAAGGCUUGCUUUUUUUCCUUUGGUGCACAAGUAAGGGGAUUUCUUAAGGGGUGUAGGCCAAUGAUAGGAAUUGAUGGAGCUCACCUCAGUGGGUUUUUCAAGGGGAUUCUUCUGUCAGCCUUGGGGAUUGAUGGCAACAAUGAGAUCUUCUUGUUGGCUUAUGGGGUUGUUGACACUGAAAGUCAAGAGAGCUGGAACUAUUUUAUGAGGAACCUCAGGGUACUGUUUGAGAGAGAAGGCUGCAGCAGGGAUGACUGGACAUUCAUCAGUGACAGAAUGAGGGGGGUGGAUUUAGCUGUUCAUGAAAACUUCCCAAUGGCCACUAGAAGGUGUUGUGCUCAGCAUCUAUACAUGAAUUGCAAGAAUGGAUGUUGGAGUGGAGAACUUUUCCACAAGCUCUUCUGGAUAGCUGCAAAUGCCUACAACCCCUUUGUUUACAACAAGGCAAUAGAGAAGAUCACUGAAUUUGAUCCAAAUGCAACAAAGUACCUGGACACAUCCAUAAGGGAGUGGUCCAUGGAGAGAAUUGGGGUCAGGUUUGAUAAAGCAGCAAACAUGGAGCCUAACCACUUAACAGACUAUGCCAAACAUGAAAUAGAGUUGAGAAGUGCAGAAUCCAGAUUCUGUUACUCUACUGCAUGUGGUGGUGGGGAGUUUGAGGUGAAGGAUGGCAAUGUGAAGUUCCCAGUCAAUCUACACAACAGAACCUGUGGGUGUGGAGUAUGGCAAGGGUCAGGUAUGCCCUGCAAACAUGGCUUGAGGGUCAUCUACAACCAGAGACUUGACCCUGUGGACUUUGUUUCCACUUAUUUCAAGGGUGCUGCUUAUAAACAGGCAUAUGCAGAGCAUAUGCACCCAAUGGCUGACCCUACUCAGUGGCCUGGAUCCACACUGCCCACCAUUAAACCACCUGGGAUCAAGAGGGGUGCUGGAAGACCUCAAAAACAGAGAAGGAGGGGUGCCAUGGAAGCUAGAAAGAGGAAGAGGCACACUUCAGUUAAGUGUAGCAAAUGCAAGGAAAUGGGCCACAAUGCAAGGACCUGCAAGUCUGGUGCAGGCACUUCCAAGGCACCACCAAAACAGAGAGCUACAACAAAUAAGAGGAAAACAACCUCUGAUGGUGCAAGCACUUCCAAGGCAGCACCAAAGGGCAAGAAAUCCAAGCAAGCCUGA